GUGUUGGAGCAGUUAGUGAUGUUGCCUCACAGCUUUGGGCACCUGCAUUUGAUUUCAAAUUUAUGUGUUGUGCAGAGACUGGGUUUUCUUUGGCUGUUCUGGUUUCCUCCUGCAUUUCAAAGCUGUUCCGCAGGAACAAUAAAAGAAACCAGCCUGUUAAAGAACGACUGAACGGACAGCAGGGAUGAGGAGGAAGAGCUAGCCGGUAGAUCGGAGUACCGACCCAGAGGCCACGAACUUAUCAAUCACCCCUCGUACAAACUAGUGGAGUGGUGUCACAACAGCAACCUUGCAGUCAACGUCAGUAAGACGAAAGAGCUGAUUGUGGACUUCAGGAAGGAUACAUGUGACGACUGCUGAAGAUGUCAGAUAGUGUUGAUGCUGAAGAGAAACCACCAGCUCCUCCCUUGAGAAUGAACAGUAACAAUCGCGACUCAUCUUCCCUUAACCACGGCUCCAAGCCUCUCCCACUGGUUCCCGAGGAAAAGAACAAGAAAGCCCGACUGCGCUCCAUUUUUCCAGGGGCAGGAGACAAGACUAACAAGAAGAAAGAAAAAGAACGCCCAGAGAUCUCUCUUCCUUCAGAUUUUGAGCACACAAUUCAUGUGGGAUUUGAUGCAGUUACAGGGGAAUUCACAGGCAUUCCUGAGCAAUGGGCAAGGCUCCUACAGACAUCCAACAUCACUAAACUGGAGCAAAAGAAAAACCCUCAGGCUGUUUUGGAUGUCCUGAAAUUCUACGAUUCCAAAGAGACUGUUAAUAAUCAGAAAUACAUGAGCUUCACCUCUGGAGCAGUCUAUUCUCUGAUGGUCCCCCUUCUAAAGCAGUACAAGUGCACAGAGAUAACUGAUAAACCAGCUGAUGGAUACAUAGCAGGAAAUGCUCUGAACACAAAGAUAGCAUCUGAGCCACCGGUUGUGCCACCUGUGUCGGAGGACGAUGAUGAGGAUGACGACAAUCUUCCCCCACCAGUGAUUGCCCCUCGACCAGAACACACAAAAUCGAUUUUUACCCGAUCAGUAAUUGAGCCCAUCGUUCCAGUGGCACCUGUCAAAGAUGUGACAACGUCUCCAGUCACAACACCACCUGAAAAUGUGAGCGGUCUGAACAGUCAGCUCUGCAGAAACACUGACAAGCAAAGGAAGAAAUCCAAGAUGACGGAUGAAGAGAUCCUUGAAAAAUUAAGAAGCAUAGUUAGUGUGGGUGAUCCCAAAAAGAAGUACACGCGGUUUGAAAAGAUUGGCCAAGGAGCAUCGGGCACUGUAUAUACAGCAAUAGACAUUGCCACUGGGCAAGAGGUGGCGAUUAAACAGAUGAAUCUGCAGCAACAGCCUAAAAAGGAGCUGAUUAUAAAUGAAAUCUUAGUCAUGAGGGAAAAUAAAAAUGCAAACAUUGUCAACUAUUUAGACAGUUAUCUUGUGGGGGACGAACUCUGGGUAGUCAUGGAAUAUUUGGCUGGGGGUUCCUUGACAGACGUGGUCACAGAGACCUGUAUGGAUGAAGGUCAAAUAGCAGCAGUGUGUCGGGAGUGUUUGCAAGCCUUGGAAUUCCUACAUUCCAAUCAGGUCAUCCACAGAGAUAUCAAGAGUGACAACAUCCUGUUGGGAAUGGACGGGUCAGUUAAAUUAACUGAUUUUGGAUUUUGUGCUCAGAUCACCCCUGAGCAGAACAAACGGAGCACAAUGGUGGGAACGCCGUACUGGAUGGCCCCUGAAGUGGUUACAAGGAAAGCCUAUGGCCCAAAGGUGGACAUAUGGUCAUUAGGAAUUAUGGCAAUUGAAAUGAUUGAAGGAGAACCGCCUUAUCUGAAUGAGAACCCUCUCAGGGCUUUGUAUUUGAUUGCUACAAAUGGGACUCCAGAGCUGCAGAACCCAGAGAAACUCUCGGGAGUCUUCAGGGAUUUCCUCAAUCGCUGCUUGGAGAUGGAUGUAGAACGCCGAGGUUCAGCCAAGGAGCUUCUGCAGCAUCCGUUCCUGAAAUUUGCAAAGCCACUCUCGAGCCUCACCCCCCUGAUAAUCGCAGCCAAGGAGGCCGUUAAGAACAACCGUUAGAGCAAGGGAUGGUUUCCAUCAUCACCCCUCUCCCCCUCCCUCCUGCCGUGAAAGAGGGGCUAACCAGAGCUGGACUGUGUCUCACCUGGAGAAACCUUGAUCUCCUUCUGUUGCAGGACAGAGAAAGCUAGCACAGUGAUGGGGUACUACAGUAAUGUUUUUCACCUUAACAUCUUGUUUGAUCCCACCUGGAUUCUUGAUUUCAAACAGAAUUGCCCAUGUUGAUAAAGGCAUUGUGGUGUCUGUUAUUUUUCCAUUUCCGUUUUGUUUCCUCCUCCAAGCAUAUAAACAAAUUUUUAACCAUUCGGUUGUUUUUUGGGGGGGGGUCUAAAUAGAGAACUUGACACAUUUGUUAAAUAUCCGGGCUUGAAGAACUCAUGGCUGUAAGUUGUAGCAAAUGAGUGGAGCCUUUCAGAAAAGUGAUAAAACAUUUCAGACAUUGCUGUGAUCGCUUAAGUGAAUGUCUGGAUAAUUCCAUGUUCCAGUGAGUACAAAACCAUGUCAUGCUUCCAGAAGAGAGUUGUUCUGUCUGACUAAAUAAAGAGGCCUUAAGUUUUUCGGUAUUGCUUUAUAACACAUUUGCAGUGCUGUGAUGAAUGAAGUUUCAUUCCUUUGUGUAUAUAUAUAUUUUAUACAGGUUUCAAGUCUAUCUCUUGAUAUUUCUUUAGUAUAUUGUCUUAAUAUUUAUUAAUAAUGGAAUUGGAACUGUCGGGUUUUCUGUUGGAUAUAUUGAUUUCUUCCUUUUUUUUGCUUUCUGGACAACCACAGUAUUCUGGAAAAGUUCAAUUGAUACAAAAGCCAAUUAAUAAAUGGGAGUUCAACGGUGAUAGUGUAGUUUGUUAAGUGCAAAGAGAUUUAUGGCAAAGGGAUGAGUCAGAAUGCCCUGACAUGAUUGCAGUAAGGAGGCCAUGACCCCAAAUGUUAGUCUAAUGUUCCCCAAAUUGAAAGAGGCUGAAUCUUCUUAUGAUGAAUCUGUCAGGUCGAGAAUGGAACCAUUUUGCAUGGAGGUUUCAAAGGAUUGAAAUAGAAGUAUUGUCUGUGUGUGUGUAUGUUUUUUUUUCUUACAUGGCCCUGUAAACCAUUUUCUAAGACAACUUGAUAGUAUUAACGAUAAUUAAGCAAGAUGAAUUGAGGUGAGCAGAACAUGAGUCAAUCGCUCUCUACCCCACACACCACCACCUCUCUCUGCCCCCUGCCCUCACCGAACCAAAUGCUAGAGGGCAAACAGAAAAGUCUUUCAUCAGGGUUACCUCCUGAUUCGUGCUUGGCAAACAAAGCUGUCUACUAUUUGCACUUUCCAAAAAGAGGUUUUAAAUAAAUUGGGUUAUAUCAGUGUGCAGACUUUAAACCCUGUCUCAUUUGUGUCAAAAAGUCCAUCUGCACAUGUAUUUCAAUAAUAAAUUGAUCUCAAGCCUUCUUAACAGUUUACAGCUUGCACUGAAUAAUUGAAAUGUUUUGUUUCAGACUGAAGCCUUUUUUUACUGAGCUGGCAUGUCAGCUUAAAGGUGUAGGCUCUGGGAGAAGGGAAAAUGAAGACUCACAUCUUCAUCCCUCAGUGUGACUUGAGCAGUCUUUAUUCCCCGUACAGUCCAUUUGGCAGAUGUAUACUUUCUCAGUCCUUCCACAGUAUCACCUGUUCCUUGGAACCCUGAUAUGAUCUUCCACAUGAUAUCCAUGCCAGGUUGAUGUAGGACCCCUGUUGUGUCAUCACUUCUUUCGGGGAAAAAAAAUGUCAAUCUUGUCUGUGACUAAAAGACUCUUGAGUGAGUCUUCAAAAGGACCAAAGACAUUAACAGACCCUGGGAAAGGAAUGGGCUUUGUUCUGUGCCAUUUUAAAGAAAAUAUUAACGGACAAAUGUAGGGUUUCAAGGAGUAAUCUGGCACCAGAAGCACCUGUUAUUUUGUGACCAGCCACUUGGUUAUGAGUUUUAAUGAAAAAAUCGAAUAUUCUGCAGAAUCACGAUAGGAAGAACAGCCCGUACAGUGGCCGAUAAACAAUAUCCAAGAAUCCUGAUUAUGUUGGAAACUGAAAUUUUUUGGGAGGCGUUCAUCAAGUUGCAAAGAGGGCAGUCUGGUGCCCGUUAUAUGGUCAUUCCUCCUCCUGGUUUACAGUUUAUGAUGGUAUUGUUUCCCUUGUCUCCUAGGAGUAUCGUCACAAUGCACAGUUACACACCCACUCAGUAGCAGCAGCACCACCUUUUUGACUAGCAUUAAAUAAACCCACAGGACAACGUGAUUUGUUGAAUAUGGUAUCUUCAUGACGAAUAAUGGUGAGGGUUUUCGUACUGAAAGAUGAAACAAUGAAAGAAAUGUAUCAAACCCACUGUGUUUCAAAGGGUUGCUGAUAUUCUGUAAAUGGGACGAUGGUGUUGUAAAGUUGUUGAAUAAGGGCAUGCAAGCUCUUACCAAUGAGCUUGUUCAGCAAUAUUCCGAAUCAUCUUCAGAGAUAUAGGACCUACUGUGCUGAGAGAUGGAUAAAGGGCAAACUUUCCUUGCAUUAUCAGUGCAUUGCAGUUAGAAAUUUUAAAAAGUAGCUGUGUUUUGUAAACUUGCAUACUCCAUUUUCUCAAAUGUUUAUGCAGAUCAUAAGUUCCACUCAAGCUUCAGAAAGCCACUUAAAAUUAGUUAGUAGUUCACAAAGACGAAGUAUUUCUAGGAAAGCUGUAAAUCAGAUAGACAUUCAUUAUUUAUCAUUGUAGCUGUAUUAACAAUCUGUGGCCUUGUCAGCAAGAAGUGUCAUAGUUCAGUCUUUCAAAGGCCAUCUAAAGGGGAAAAAGUUCAUUUAAAUUUUAGUACAGAACAUUUCAGUGGGUGGCUAGAGCAAUCUUCUAUAUUUUAAUAUUUGUUUUCUUUCCUUGUGAGGAAAGGUUGAUUUUUAAUUUUGUCCAAUUCUGAACAAAUAUAAGGACACUACAUUAUACUUAAAAAAAAAUCUAGUGUGUUAGUUUGUCAGAAAAGAAAAUUUAUUUGUUUUUAAAAAGUUUUGUUAUCAGUUGUGGCACCAAUAUAGUACAAAUCUUAAUAGACCAGAAGGUAUCAGAUUCAGCCCUUGACCUGUGCUAAUUUCAGUAUGUGUUCUAUAAUUAGCACUUAUUAUUCUCUGGGGAAUGGACAAGGAUAAAGAUCAACCGAGCUACCAGAUAAUGAUUGCUUCCUGGUACUACCUGCUUCAGGCGGCAUCUGUCUUGAAACAUGGCCUAGAUGUAGCCUGAUAGAGCUGUGAGCCACAUGAAGCAAAGCAGUCUGCUGACCAUAUCCAGACCUACAGUGAGAAAUGGGCAUUUGAAAGAGGUAGCAAAGGCUUGCCUGCCUGGUUGGUGCCUUUUAAACUGUUUUCCAUAUGCUGUCAGGAGGGCGAUUAAAAGGAUUUUUUUUGUACUUGUAAUUCCACUUUCUUUUAGAAAAACCAUACAAUUGAUCUAUCCCCACAAAUGUCCAUUGACCAUUUUGGCGUGAUCUCUUCAGCCGGUUUGUCUGCCUCAUCAGCACCACAGAAGCAAAUACUUUCAUUUUUAUUUUUUUAAAAAAACUUCAUUUAUAGAAGAGCAAGAAGAUGCUUAUUGUAAACAUUCCAGCAAUACUUUGAUUUAAGGUGGCUAAGGCCAAAACUGAAGCAAGCGUCCUUUUAAUACACCUUCCUUAAACAAGAUGCUUUCUAAGUAUUUUCAUCAUUCCCUGCUUUGUAUCUUUCUGCUAACAAAUAGUCAUUGCCUUCUACUUGCAACACAAAGCAAAUCAUCACGGAUCUGUUUAAGUACGUUAAAAUUCUGUUGUAGCUAACGAAAGUAUUUUAAGAACAAUUUGAAAAGAUGCUGAAUGUCAUACAUUCAAACCAUAGGAAAAACAAAAAUUGGAAGAGAAUUGAAUAUUGCUGUUCAACGUAUCAUGACGUCAUUUUUUGUUUCUAUUUCUUUCCCUGUAUGUCCUCUUUUGGAAAAAGUGUUACCUGUGCAUUUGAUGUGAAAUUUCCUCUACUGUGAAAAUGAAUUUUUAAAAAGGUACUCUGGAAUUUUUUUUCCUUUUGAUGACUUUUUAUUUAAUUUGGGGAAAUGCUGGAAAUAACUUUGUUACGCACACAAUCCCAGACCUCAACGUUUCAGCAAUGUUGUUGGUUUGUUAGGUUUUCUUUUCAUUUUAUUUGUCCGUCUGGUCUCCCAAUGUUUCAGACGGGCUGAAGCAAUAGAAGUGAUUCAUUUAAACCAUGGAUUGUGCAUGAAUAGUGUCUUUAGUGUUAAAAAGAAAAGCCACAAAAAAUUGGAGUUUGAAGCUUUGACAUAAAGUAUUGCAAAAUAAAGAUCAUUUAA